GCUCUCGAGUAAAGACGUAGAAUAGUCAAAAACCAGUUUCAGAGUGACUUCUGUGAAACAAAAUUGAUCGUUCUGAGUGAAAGAAUUCCACUUUUAUAUAUUGUGUGAACUGUUUGAAAGAAGAAAAAAAAACGUAUUUUUUACAAAGUUUCACGAAAACUAAUAUUCUCAAGUGAAUCUGUUGAAAAUAAAUACAAAUGAAAAUGAAUAAAUGUGAAAGAGAUCGUGAGCAAGACGAACCGACAUUAUUAUCGACCAUGGCACGAGUGCCGUCUAAAUCAAAUUUUUCAAUAAAUGCAAUUUUAUCGAAAAUUGAAGAACGAGCAACACCAGCAGAAGGAUCACCAGCACCAUCAGCUGAAUCCGAUGACAAUGUAUCCACCGAUUGUGAUGUUAAUGUGGAUUAUGAAUCAGAUAUGGAAGAUGCUCCAUCAAUGACAGACAAUGCCUCAAAAUCCGGUGAUGAAAAAGGCGACGAUGAAAAAUCUGAGAAAAAAGAAGGAACUACCAAACACGAGAAGCCAUCAUUCAGUUAUAAUGCAUUGAUCAUGAGUGCAAUUCGCGACAGUAAAGAAAAGCGGUUAACACUUAACGGAAUCUAUGAUUAUAUAAUGAAGAAGUAUCCAUUCUAUCGGAACAACAAGCAGGGAUGGCAAAAUUCGAUUAGACACAAUUUGAGUUUGAAUAAAAUUUUCGUGAAAGUGCCACGACAUUACGAUGAUCCAGGCAAAGGCAAUUACUGGAUGUUGGACCCGUCAGCCGAUGACGUUAUCGUUGGCAGUAAAUUGCGUCGUCGCUCAAAGGUUCAAUCACGAUCACGAAUGGCCGCUUUCAAUCGUGCAUCAUUUUUACCACCAAUCGGCUAUCCAAACUUUGGCAAUUACUUUUAUCAACAACCCGCCGCUGCUGCUCUUGCUUCAACACCGGCUGCCAUCCUCCAAGCAAUGUACAAUCGAUAUGGAUAUAACGGAUAUGGUGCAUCAAAUUCAGCAGCUAUUGCUGCUGCGGCUGCUGCAGCUGCGAUGCAACCACGUGCCAAUCUUCCAUCACUGCCUCUUGGAAUCCCACCAAAUUUUGCAAUGGAUCGUUUAAUGGGCCAUCCCGGUCUUGCGCUACCCCCAUCAAUGAACGGAAGCAAUGCUCCACAUCAAACACCUGCCGAAAUUUAUCAAAGACUUCACUAUCAACAACAAUUACUUCAGCAACAUCAACAGCAACAAGCACAUCUUCAGCAUCCAAGCCCGCCCAUCGAACCAAAUGAUAUCCUUUCAUCAUCACCGCAACAUCAACCAAAUCACAAUAACAACGAUCCAUUCAAACGCAACGGCUACUCAAGGCAAUAGCUGAACGGAUACUAGUUAAAUGAAAAUUUUUAGGCAAAUUAAAACUGAUUUUAAAAGAAAAAAAAACUUUAGCUUGGUGCGCGUCCAGUUUCGUUUGUUCAACGAAAAUGCAAUUCUGGACAGAAACAAACCAAUUGUCUCUCAUGUUUUAAAUUGUAAUUUGAAUUGAUUGUUUAAAGUAUUUGUAAAUUAAAAUAGUAUAAUUAUAAUAGUUAAUAAUGUGAUAUUUAUGUGAUUAAGCGAUAUCUAGAUCUGAUUUUGUGGACAACACUUAAUCAAAAUAAACAAAAAAUCAGAAAUCAA